AUGGCGUCCAUCACCGAAGUAUCCGCUGAGCCAGCUUUCGUUAAACUCCAGUUGCGAACCGCCUAUGGACCGGUGUAUCGCGAUGUAUCAACUCAACCGCCCAGAGAAUGCAAAGAUGACGAGAUACCCUUGAUCGAUAUUUCCGACAUAUAUGGUGACUUUGAAGCUCGGAAGAGGCUGGCUCAAGAAAUCAAGGUUGCUGCUGAGAAUACCGGAUUCUUCUACAUUAGAAACCAUGGUAUCCCUGAGUCAGCAAUUCAGGGAGCACUCAACUCUGCCAAGAAUUUCUUUGCGCAGCCCGAGGAGCAAAAAUUGGUAGUAUCGAAAGACAAGGGGAAAUGGUACAAUGGUUAUUCGGGAAAUGGCACUGCGAUGGCUAGCCCGACGGAAGGCUUGGAUUAUCGUGAAUCCUUCUCGUGGCGGUAUGAGCCACAAUAUGACCCAGAGCCGAAAGAUCUCAAUGCCAUCCCCCCUGAAGUUCAACCUUUCAUUCGUGGCGAAGACUAUGUAUGGCAAGGGACUGAGCACAUUCCUGACUUCAAGAAAGGUUGCAUCACUUACUGGCAAGAAUGUCUCAUACUCGCCCGAAGGCUGGUGAAAAUUUUCGCUCUGUGCCUUGAUCUGCCUGAGAACUAUUUCGACUCUGUCACAACCUUUCCGGGAAGCGAUUGCGUAUAUAAUCACUACCCUUCGAUGAGUGCCGAGCAAGCGGUCAUGAGCCAAGAUAUUGGACUUGGGUCGCAUACAGAUCUCCAGUGUUUUACACUGCUGUGGCAGGAUAUGAAUGGUGGACUCCAGGUCUUGAACAAGGAUGGCCAGUGGAUCAAGGCCAGUCCUAUCGAGGGCACAUUCGUCGUCAAUAUUGGUGACUAUUUGAUGCGCCUGACGAAUGAUCGCCUCAAGUCAACAGUCCAUCGGGUAUAUAACCGUACGACGGUCGACAGGUACUCGAUGCCAUUCUUCUUCGGAUUCAAUUUCAACGAAACUUGUGGGGUGCUUCCAUCUUGCACAGAUGAAGACAACCCGCCCAAAUAUGAGCCGAUCAGCUGUGCAGAUUGGUGCCAGCUUAGAUUUGCCCAAACUGAUGUCUCAACGAAGGUGGUUGCGUAUUAG